AUGAGGUUCCGUUUCCCUUCUUCUCUCCUGCGAGGCACAGAGAAGGCUGAACAAGAUGGACACAACGACCCUGUCAGCCAGGGUCCCUACUCUGAAGCCAAGCAUUCCAUAGACAAGGAAGCGACUUCUUCUGGGGGUCCAACUGCUUCCGAGGAUGAUGGCGAGACCCCCGGGAGUGGACUGCAGCAUGGUGUUGCCAGUGUGGAGGCCAUGACAGAGGUCUGGACCAGGAGAGAUCUACUCCUCGCUUACGGCAUGAUCUGGAUCGUUGAAUUCAUGCUUGCGUUCUCUUCGGGUAUAGUUGGUACCUUGACGCCGUACGUAACGAGUUCAUUUCAACUUCAUUCCUUGACAGCAACUACUGGCAUACUUGCCUCCCUGAUUGGGGGCCUCUUCAAGAUUCCCUAUGCCAAGAUCCUCGACAUUUGGGGCCGACCCCAAGCAUUCUUGAUCAUGAUUGCGUCCAUUACGCUCGGACUGGCGAUGAUGGCUGGCUGCAAUGGCGUCAAGACAUACUGUGCUGCCCAAGUCUUUUACUCGGUUGGUUCGACAGGGAUUGAUUUCUCUAUGACCAUCUUCGUGGCCGAUACGUCAAAACUAAGAAACCGAGCUUUCAUGAUUGCCUUUAUAUCAUCACCCUACCUUAUCACCACCUGGGUAUAUGGACCAGCUGCAAGCAGUGUCCUCGAUACCAUCGGCUACAGAUGGGGCUUUGGAAUCUGGGCCAUUGUGAUUCCUAUCAUUUGCGCGCCACUCUGUGCCCUCUUCUGGUUCAAUCAACAAAAGGCCGCCAAGAUGGGUCUUAUCCCUGCCAGACAAAGCCGUGGUACCGCCUACCAGACUCUCCUUUACUACGUGAGAGAGUUUGAUGUCAUUGGGCUGCUUCUCAUCAGCUCGGGGCUGGCUUUGUUUUUACUAUCAUUCAGCUUGUAUUCGUACCAAGCCGACGAAUGGCGCUCCCCGCUCAUCAUCUGCUUUAUCAUUUUCGGAGGUCUAUUAGUGGUUGCUUUCGGGCUGUAUGAGAAGUAUCUUGCGCCGGUUACUUUUAUUCCAUGGUCCUUGCUCAAGAAUCGAACAAUCGUCACCACUUACAUCAUGGCCGCCAGUAUCUACGUCGCCUGGUACGUCUGGGAUAGCUACUUCUAUUCGCUCAACAUCGUCCUCUUCAGACAGUCAGUCACACAAGCGACAUACAUUGGCAACAUAUACACCAUGGGAGCCUGCUUCUGGUCUCUCGUCCUCGGUAUCUGCCUGAAGGUCAACGGUCGCAUUAAAUGGUACGCGCUCUUCUUCGGAGUGCCCAUGACAAUCCUUGGCGUCGGCCUCAUGAUCCACUUCCGCCAGCCAGGAGUUCACAUUGGUUACAUUGUCAUGUGCCAGAUCUUCGUUGCGUUCGGUGGCGGUACCCUCGUUAUUGCUGAACAGAUGACCGUCAUGGCUGUUUCGGCUCACCAACACAUUCCCGCAGUUUUGGCCAUGGAAGGAUUGGUGGCGUACGUGGGAAGUUCAAUCGGACAGGCCAUCGCCGCCGCCAUGUGGACCGGCAUCUUCCCGCAGAAACUGCUGGACAACCUUCCGGCCAGUGCCCAGUCGGAAUUUGCUAGUAUCUACGGAUCCUUGACUGUUCAGGCCAGCUACCCUGUAGGGUCUCCGACCAGAAUCGCCAUCGACAAGUCUUAUGCUGAGACCCAACGAUUCAUGUUGAUCGCCGCCACCAGCCUGUACACUAUUACUUUGGUUUCAACUGCACUGUGGAAAGAUAUUGACGUCAAGAAGAUGAAGCAGCGCGAGAAGGGCUUGAUCUAA